GCCAAGCUUUUUCCUGUUCACUUCUCAAAUUUUGCUUUCCAAAUGGCACGCGUUCCAAAGGACAAGGGCUCAUCUAAGAGUCAUAACAGGACAUCUACGAAGAAAGACUCCAACUCUAAAAAGGACAAAAAUAUUGUCCUACGGCAGCAAAUCACUGUAUUGGGUGGAACAGCGGACGAUUAUGAUUUGGUGACGAAUGUGGGACAUGUAUCCGUGACGGGGUCAGCACCAGUAGACCCAAAGCUGGCCGACGAUGUUUCUUCCUUCCUUCAGGACUUGAAAACUGGGGGAAAGACUAGCAGAAAAGUCAAAGCUAUGGAACGACGAAAGGAGGACCAAAAUUGGACUCAAAAGUCGAAGAAAAAUAAGACGGUUGAUACCGAGAAGAAAGCCCCUUCAGUGGAGAAGCAUGGGACUCCUCAGGUUGAAGUCUCUGAAGCAUUUCUACUGCCGAAAAAGAUCACCUUCAAUUCAAAAAGCGCAUUUAUUAUCCAGCCUACUCCUCAGUGGUAUUCUUUGAGCGUCCCGGAAAUACCAGUGACGUCUUCGACUACUUCUGCAGAUGUCGGGUCUCAAGCGUCCUACGCUGCAUCUUUACAUUCUCGUGAUAUCGAAACUUUCAAAUCCUCCUCAUCUUCUCAAACUUCGGAAGCGAGUUUCCUCUCCAAGAUCAUACAGUCCGGAACUCUAUCUGACCGCUUGAGUGCCUUGACACUACUUGUUCAGAGUGGGCCGAUACAUAAUAUCAAGGCUUUGGAAACACUGAAAAGCAUGGCGGAACGCGGAAAAGGUAAAGGCGGAAGAGGGGAGAGCCUGAAGGCUUUGCGAUGUAUCGUCGACUGGUGGGUAGGUGGUGGUGCGCCAAACCGGAAGCUGAAGUAUUUCCGGGACCGACCAGUUCGACAUUCGUCUGUAACAGACCAACACUUGUUACUGUGGUACUUUGAGGACUGGUUGAAGAAAUAUUUCUUCUCCGUCCUCCAGAUUCUAGAGAUGUUAUCAUUGGACUCCCUGCCUUAUGUCCGAACGCAAUCCCUGAAUCUCAUAUGUACCUUGUUACGCGAUAAGCCCGAACAGGAGCAGAAUCUACUUCGGUUGCUUGUGAACAAGCUCGGCGAUACAGAGAAAUCAAUCUGCUCACGAGCAUCUCAUCAUAUUCUCCAGCUCCUUCAGACCCAUCCGUCAAUGAAAUCGGUGAUUGUAACCGAGAUCACUUCCUUUGUUCUCCGUCCCAUUGCUCCACCUUCUACAUCAUCAUCAUCAUCAAUAGCCAUACCAGCUGAAGUAGCAAACCGCCGCAUACGAUUCAACGAGGUGGACAAACCGAAACCAAUCAGCGCCGAGAAAAAAGUAGGAAACCCUCAUGCCCGAUAUUAUGCAACAAUCACUUUCAACCAAAUCCUUCUUACUCUUGAUGACCGGGAAGUGGCGCUUAAACUGAUCGAUCUAUAUUUCGAGAUCUUCAAGGAGCUGCUUGGAGAAAGCGAUCAUGGUGUAGGGACAGAACAUGACGAUCCUGAAGAGAAAGAGGCAGCAAAAGACAAAUCAGGACGGUUGAUUGAUGGCAAGCGCGGAAAGGGUAAACUUAGGGGAAAGUUCAAAGGGAAAGGGAAGACGUUAGAGAUACGAGGUGCUGCUGGCUUCACGGAAGUCGAAGAUGCAAACUCAAAGCUCAUCUCUGCAAUUCUGACUGGAGUAAAUCGUGCAUUACCUUUUGCGAAAAUGGAUGUUGGCGACGCUAGACUUUCAAAACACAUCGACACGUUGUUCUUGAUCACACAUACGUCAACGUUCAAUACCUCGUUGCAAGCCUUGGUGCUGAUUCAGCAGAUUGCCGCCUCCUUAUCUACAGUCAAGGCAUCCUCCUCCUCUUCAUCCACACUGUCGAAGUCAAUCAUUGAUCGAUUCUAUCGCACCCUUUAUGACUCUCUUCACGAUGCACGCUUGGCAUCAUCGUCAAAACAAGCUAUGUACUUGAAUCUUUUAUUCAAGUCAAUUAAGGCGGACAUGGGAAAGGUCGAGGGAGAGCGCGUCAAAGCUUUAGUACGGCGUUUCGUUCAAGUCCUGGUCUCAGGUGGUAAUGGGGCAACGGAGUUCGUCGCUGGAGGGUUGUUUUUAUUGGGAGAGUUGUUCAGCACUACCCCCGGCUUGAAGGAGAUGAUCUACAGUCCUCCCAAAACAGACGCUGAACCCUAUGACCCUCGUAAAAGGGACCCGCAGUAUGCUCACGCGUCUUCUUCACCGCUUUGGGAACUAACUCCCUUGCUGCACCACUAUCAUCCAACAAUAUCUCUGCAUGCGCGUCAAAUCCUUUCUUCCCAGCCAUUGACCGCCAGUGCCGACCUGUCCUUGAACACCCUCUCGCAUUUCUUGGAUCGGUUUGUUUACAAGAAUCCGAAAAAGUCUACGACCACGAAAGGAGCCAGUGCAAUGCAACCUGCCGCAAGCGGGCUCGAUGGAACAGGCGUCAAGUUGAUGAAAGGUGACGCAAGCGGGAACAUUCUGGUGAACGAUGUGGCAUUUAUGAAAAUGAGGAUACAGGACGUGCCUGUGGACGAGGUCUUCUUUCACAAAUUUUUCGCCCGAAAGAAUGAUAGGAACCAAUCGAAAGUUGAAAAGGACGUCGGUGAGGAUGAGGACGAGGAUGGCGAUGAUGGAAGUGGCGUAAGCGGUGAGGACAUGGACCUUACAGGCGACGAGGCUGCGGCUGCCGGAGACCAAACUGCUGAGGACAGUGACGGCGAGGAUGAGGAAGAAAUCUGGAAGGCCAUGAAGGCUAGCAUGCCAAAGGCGGAAGGCGACGACGAUCUCAUGGAAGAUAGUGACAUCGACGAAGAUGACUUACCGUUAGACUUUAACGCUGAUGAACACAAUGACGAAGAGCCUGACGAUGGUGACGAUCUUUCGUUAGUUGAAGACUCCGAUAACGAUGAUCUAAUUUCAUUGGACGACGACAUGCCAGAGGGACUGAUUGAAUACGAUGGAUCCGAAGAGAAGGAAGAGUGGAAAGGUAUUGAUUCCGGAAAUGGGAAACGCAAACGAACAGAUGAGUCCAAGGGAAAGAGGAAGAAGUUCAAGUCGUUGCCCACCUUCGCCAGUUAUGAAGAUUAUGCGAAGAUGAUCGAGGAUGGCCUAGAAGAUGAUGUAUAGGAUCUGUAGCGUCGACCAAUAAAACCACUGUGCUCUGGCAUUCUCAGUGGAAUUUCAGUGAAGGGGAAUGAAAUGUCGU